ACUCUUGCCCCCAUCAGAGAUAAUUAAUGUCUCUGGCAACAGUUCCCUGUGGGAUAGUAGCUUCGGUACUGCCAUCCUUAGAAACCGGUACUUUAUGACACAUGAAAUACAAACGGUGGACUGAGAAAUACGCACAGUUUCGUUUCUUUGUGCUGUUUGCUGACCACUGUUCUGUGCUGGACUGCGUCAAACGUGUUUUGUGGAAAAUACAUAGCAUAUAUUCAAGAUUUUCACAAGACUGGUAGUAUGGAAUGGCUGUAGUCCUGUGUGGACCCGACAUCAUUUUCUACAGUAACCAGACUUACGGCUUUUCUCAAACCUGGCUUGCAGAAGAGCAUUCUUCACAAGUAUAAUUUGAAAGCUGACUUUGGCAACGAUGUUCUGUGUGGUGAUUCACGCAUGGCGAGAUUAUUAAAGGAUUGGAUGUCUGCCCUCUUGUGGUAGGCAGCUGGUACUGGUGUAUACCUGAAGGACGACUAAAAAAAGGAUGCCCGAUGUGAUAGUUUGUGAAUUCUGAUUAGGAGCACAGCUCCUAAACAAUACACUGGAAAAGUCACCUCAGAAAGCAAAAGAAAAAUUUUCAUUUACAGCAUGUGCAAAUUGAUUUACAAUUAUGAAUUUGUAAUGACAGAGGAAUGAUAUGGAGCAUCCUUUGAACUGUACUGAGCUUUGUAGAUCUAUGGAUUGUACUACUAAUCCAGAAAUGAAAGAUGAAGAUAAUUGGCAUGUUCUACAGCAGCUAUGCAAACUGUUGAAUGAGACCACUUCUGAAGAUGCAAAUGUCUCACCCGUUCUUUAUGGUGUGAUGUGUACCCUAUUGUCAUCUGGUAUUGCACUCUCAGUCCUAUUUAUGAUUUUCACAAUCAAAUUUAAAAGAAACAGGAUUGUGAAAAUGUCCAGUCCAAACUUAAAUGUAGCAACAUUAUUUGGCAGCACGUUUACAUACAUAAGUGGAUACCUCUUUGGGAUUGAAAAGCAAAUUGCAGCUCCAGGGACCAGUUUGGAAAUUAUAUUCCAGAUGAGAAUAUGGAUACUCUGUAUUGGGACUUCCUUAGUUUUUGGACCUAUACUAGGAAAAAGUUGGAGACUGUACAGGGUGUUUACUCAGCGGGUUCCAGAUAAAAGAGUGAUUAUAAAAGAUAUUCAACUGCUGGGAUUGGUUGCAGGUUUGAUAUGUGCAGACAUCCUUAUUUUAACAACAUGGAGAUUUGCUGAUCCAAUUUAUUGCAUAAAAACACUCAGUGCUGCUCUAAAGGUAGCAGAGAAGAACAUCACUUACUCCGUGAUGAACACAGGAUUCUGUGCCUCAGCAUACUCUGAUCUGUGGAUGAUUUUGAUCUUAAUUCUUAAGGGCAGCCUACUUCUGUAUGGCACUUAUCUAGCAGGACUGACAAGCAAUGUGAGUUCCCCUCCUGUAAACCAGUCUCUGACCAUCAUGGUAGGAGUAUGUCUCAUCACCUCGACGACCCUUGUUACUGUUCCUGUUGCACGAUCCUUUUCCUUGUGGCCCAACUUGGUGUAUGUACUUAUCUCAGGAGGAAUCUUCACCUGCACAACGACUAUCAACUGCCUUAUCUUCAUUCCUCAGCUGAGGCAGUGGAAGCAGUUUCAAAGUGAAGAAACACAGUCAGUCAGUCAGAUGGCAAAAUAUCUGCACAGCCCCAGUAAGAGUUUCAUGUACAGUGAUGAGCAGAUCUUCUACCUACUGGGAGAAAACAAUACCAUGAAACAACUUCUCAGUGAAAAAAAUGCUGUGAUUGAAGGCCUGCAAGAGCAAGUCAGUAACGCAAAAGAGAAACUUAUGAGACUAAUGUCAUCUGAGUUCAUCUAUGAACACAAAGAUUCUGUGUCCUCUUCCGACUGCAACACACCAUUUAACUGUUCCAAUAAGAUUAAAUCCAAGUCAGAGGAUCAAGGCAAAGAAAUUCUUGAUAACCAAGCAAAUGGGAUAUCAACACGAGGCUCCUUGGAGCAAACAUCUCAUUCACUGAAUUGUCAUGUUGCUACUUCUAAUUUAGGCCAUGACCCAGAGCAUUCUUUAGAGCUUCAAAAUGCCAGUAGUCACACACUCAGCCAGAAUACACAACGUGACAGUACAGGUGACCAGGAGCAGAGCUGUAGUGCUGACAGUGGGUUUGAACAAACAGGUUCUAUGAUAACAGCAGAUCACUCUGAUAUUCACUGUAAAGAGCUGACUUACCAUGCUGAGAACUACAGUACAUUCACCACUAAGGUUGUAGGUUCACACGGGGAACCUGAGUCUAAAUAUCAGAAAGUUGCUGCUAAUUUAGUUACAGCCAGAGAAGUGGCACCAAAGGUGAAUAAACACAGUUAUGUUAGCAGUGAAAAACUGCAAGAAAUUUUACAGGAAUUAAGUAUUGACAAUGCGUGUUCCAUUAGAUCAAGCAGAUCAAAACAAAUUGCAAACCCUGUCCAACAUGAAUUAACUGACCACAGACAUAGAUUUCAACAUAGUUCUCCAGGUAUGAUAAAAAACAGAAAGCCACAUGUGUGCCCGGUCCUUUACAGUCAAUCUCAGUGUUAUUUUCAGAAUGCAAAGUUUAUGAAUAAAGAUGUCAGGAGACGAAAUUUAAAUGGACUAAGGACUUUGCAGAGUACUGUUGACCCAGUUCCAAUACACACUACAACUUAUUCUGCAGCUGCAGUCGUUAACGAUGACAGAGGUUCUAGCCCUUCAUCCUCACUUGUUAAGAAGUCAGAUGCUGAAAUGAAAGGCAGGAAGAGUUCUUCAGCUGGGGAACCACAAGUUGAAAACUGGUCUAAUAAUGUAGGAUUUAAUGAAGUUUCUGAUUAUUGUGAUCAAGCAAAAGUAUACAACAGAAGACCUCAUUCCAGUCACCAAGUAACAAUUCCAAAGUUUGGUCAACAGGAAACUGAAGGGCUAACAAGACCAGAAAAAUCAUAUCCAUAUGAUUAUUCAGACUCUGAAUCAACUAGCUCUGAUGAGUCAGGUUGCUGCUGCUGCCAAAACCCUUACUGUGAGGAUUGUGUGCAGCGACCCUAUAUCUCUAGUGAAAGUUGUACCUCAGAAACAUCAGACAGUGAACACCAUGAUCGUGCCUUUCACUGGCCUACAGAUUACAUCACCUCUCAGCCUGUUGUUAACUUCAAAGAUGACCUAAGGCCUACUUUUGUUUAAGCAGCUGUAAGCAGUUCAUAUUUAAAUGUAAUCCACUACUUAGAAUUUAUAUUUGCACUAUUCUUGGAAUGAAAUGACCUUGUACUACUGUGUUUAUGUUAGCUGUGUAUUUUUUUUUUUGAAAUGCAUAUAGCAAAAUAUUACUGUUCUGCAGUUUAAUAAUG